CUCUCCUACCCCUAGUGGCACUGUGCUCUCUUUUCCCCGGCCCUCUUUCCCUUCGUCCCAUCCCUACUUCGGUGAGAGUGAGGAGAUCAUGGCGGAGUGGUGGUGGUGCUCAUGCUGCCUCUCGUUGAUGUGCAAGCAAACCCAAGGGUGAGAGUGCUGCCGUUGAGUGGGAUCAUUGCGGCGUCCUAAGACUCGUGCGCGCUUGCGCCCGUGAGACGGGAAAUUGGGUCGCCUCUUAUUGUGGUCGCCAGUUUUAGCGACGAAUAAGACAUCGAUCACUCCAGUAACAGACUAUGGAGAAACAAUAUCUGAGCUUCCUUCUACCUGCAUAUACUGUAUAGGUAUAAUGCCGUGUGUUUAGGCAUUAGCUAUAUAUAUAGUCGCCAGGUGGUGUGCAAGUGCAAUGCAGUAGCGGCUAGCUAGCAACAAAGCCCAGAGCACGUAGUAGGUCUCCAUGGCGUGGAAGAUGUUGCCUGCGGCUAGCGAGCUCUUCCCCGCGAUCGUCCGGGCCGGCACAGCCACUCCUCCCCGGCCACAGCCACCAGCCGCACGCAACAGCCCAUCGCCCACCGUCCACAGGCACGCCCCUCCCGCGGCACGGCUUGGCAGCGCGGGGACGGUGCUGGUGGUCGACGUCGACGGCGCCCUGCUCCUGUCGCGUUCCCUCUUCCCCUACUUCAUGCUGGUCGCGCUCGAGGCCGGCAGCUUCCUCCGCGGCCUCGUCCUGCUGCUCCUCUACCCCGCCAUCCGCUGCUGCUACUGCUGCCUCGGCGGCGGCGACCUGGCCGUGCGGGCCAUGGCCGCGGUCGCCUUCUGCGGCCUGCGCGCGCGGACGUUCCGCGCCGGCCGCGCCGUCCUGCCGCGGUGGCUCCUGGAGGACGUGGCGGCCGAGGCGCUCGAGGCCGCGCGGCGUGUCGGCGACCCGGCUCGGGUUGUGUGGGCCAGCGCCAUGCCGCGCGUGAUGGUGGAGCCCUUCCUCAGGGAGUACCUGCAGGUGCCGGCCGCGGCCGCCGUCGCCGCGAGGGAGAUGAAGACGGCGUGGGGGUUCUACACUGGUCUCAUGGAGGGAGGUGGUGAAGACUGCGAGGCGACGAUGGCACUGAUGACGAAGAGGACGUCGGCGGGGGAAGGCGCCGGCGACGUCGUGGGAUUCUCCGCUGCACGCUCCGUGGCGUUCCUCUCCAGCAGCCCUCUCGCGUCCACUUGCAAGGAGGUGUACGUGGUAUGCCCGGAGGAGAAGAGCAAGUGGCGGCGCCUGGCGCGGCGCGACUACCCCACCCCGCUGGUCUUCCACGACGGCCGGCUCGCGUUUCUGCCGACGCCACUCAACACGGUGGCCAUGUUCACGUGGCUUCCUCUGGGCGCCGCGCUCGCCAUCCUCCGCCUGGCCGUCGCGCUCGCGCUGCCGUACAAGGUCGCCACGGCGCUGCUGGCCGCCACUGGCCAGUCGUGGCGCCUCCGCGGCUCACUCCCGCCGCCGGGAAACAGCGGCGGGUCCGGGCAGCUGUACGCGUGCAACCACCGCACGCUGAUCGACCCCGUGUACGUGUCCAUCGCGCUGGACCGGCCCGUGCGCGCCGUGUCCUACAGCCUGAGCCGCGUGUCCGACCUCAUCUCCCCGAUCGGCGCCACCGUGCGGCUGGCCCGGGACCGCGCGCGCGACGGCGCCGCCAUGGCGCGCCUGCUGGCCCGCGGCGACAGCGUGGUGGUGUGCCCCGAGGGCACCACGUGCCGCGAGCCGUACCUGCUCCGCUUCAGCCCGCUGUUCGCGGAGCUCGGCGGCGCCGGCGGCGUGGUGCCCGUGGCGCUGGCGGCCGAGGCCUCCAUGUUCUACGGCACCACGGCGAGCGGGUGGAAGGCCGCCGACCCCUUCUACUUCCUGUGCAACCCCAGGGUGUGCUACACGGUGCAGUUCCUGAAGAGGGUGGACACGGCGGACGUGGCGGGCGACGGGAAGAAGAAGAAGGCGGCGGCCAGCAGCGUCGACGUGGCCAACCGCGUGCAGCGGCUCAUCGCGGACGCGCUCGGGUACGAGUGCACCAUGCUCACCAGGAAGGACAAGUACCUCAUGCUCGUCGGCAACGACGGCGCCGUUGCCGCGCCGCGUUGCCGCCAGCGGCAAGUAACUAAUUAAGCUAGCGCGUGCCGACAUGCAUGCGCCCGUUGUUCGAGCUCGUUGGCUGCAUGCCAGCUGCACAUAUGACCGUAUCAGAUGUGGAUUGAAGCUGUUUGAUGCACUCUUUUUUUUUGUCGUAUCGUCCCACACCUUUUGUGGCUAGUAGUAGAAAUGUACGUAGAGGUUCAUGUGUAUUAGAAAAUGUUCUGUAUGUAAGGAAAGAGUAUUAUAUUAUAUACUGUAUGUAUAUAUGCCAUAUUCACCGUCAUCAGCAUAUACAGGGGAGGACAUAUAUAUAAGAAGAGACGAGUUUGUCUACUA